CGUCGUUCGAAUUUUUGUGUCUGUAUAACCACCUCGGCCGGUCGGGCUCCUCAGACUCCUCUCCGCCAGUCGCGAGAGCGCCGCCAGUGUGCUCAACCAAUGGCCUCCUACACGGCCUACAGCGGCUACACCAAGCCGGCGGUGUCCUACGCCGCCUCGUACUACGACGAGAAGCGGCCUUACUCGGCGCCCUACACGGCGCCCUACACGGCGCGCUACACCGACUACACCGACAACAAGGACUCGCUGUACGAGGAGAAGAAGAAAAUCGAGAAGAGGAAGCGCAAGUACGCCUAUUGCUGCGAGGUGGUGGCCCUGGUCAUCGGCUUCAUCGGACUCAUCGGCGUGGCGGCGACGACGGGCCUGCCCAUGUGGAGGGUGACGGCCUUCAUCGAGGAGAACAUCAUCGUGAUGGAGACGCGCUGGGAGGGCUUGUGGAUGAACUGCUACCGGCAGGCCAACAUCCGCAUGCAGUGCAAGGUGUACGACUCGCUGCUCUUCCUGCCGCCCGACCUGCAGGCGGCCCGCGGCCUGAUGUGCGCCUCGGUGGCCGUCACCUCCUUCGCCCUCAUCGUCUCGGCCGUGGGCAUGAAGUGCACCAAGGUGGUGGACCACCGCGCUCGCACCAAGCACAUCGUCCUGGUGACCGGCGGCGCGCUCUUCCUGCUGGCCUGCAUCACCACGCUCAUCCCCGUGUCCUGGACGGGCCACCGGAUCAUCCAGGAAUUCUACAACCCGCUGCUGAUCGACGCCCAGCGGCGGGAGCUGGGCGAGGCGCUCUACAUCGGUUGGGUGACUUCGGCCUUGCUGUUCGCCGCCGGGGUGAUCCUGCUGUCUCGCCACGCCCCCCGCAUGCAGGAGCCCGAACAGAGGGUCAUAUACAACCCCGCCUCGUACGUCUACGGAUCCGCGUACGGGCCGCAGAGCAACUACCAGCCCGCGUACACCUACCAGCCCGCCUACUCCGCACCGCCGCCGGGGUCUCUCGCCUACACUCCGGUGCAGUAGGCCGAGACGGCUUGACGUUUUUUUCUAAACUGACCUGGAAAAGGCUGAAGACAAAAAAAAAAAAAAGUAUUCCAGUGAGUGUGUGUGUGUGAUUUUUUGUGGAACGGAUUGAUUUGAUUCAUGUCUUAUGCGCAUCACGAUGACGAUGUUUUUGACGAUGAUUGUCGAUUUGCCCUUUGCGGCCUCUAUUGAAAUGUUCUUUGAGAAAAUGAUGCCCUAAGAGAAAAUGCAUUUUUUUUUGUUUUUUUUUUUACACCGUUGAGGUUUUAUGAACUGUACAUAGUUGAUUUUUAUUUCGAGGGCCCUCUCCGGUGCUCAAUAAAUAGAGACGGUUGAGGAAGAAAAAAAAAAAAAAAAAAAGGGCCUUUGUUGAUUUUGUUUUCCGGGAUCGUGUUUGACUCAGCGGUGAGCCGAGGCGUUGUUAUGUCUUUUGUCGACAUCAACGAUGCAGCUCGACUGGUCCGACAAGAACAUUGUCACAGGUCCACCCACCAGACAAAACAGACACCGGAUGUCUGAGCUGCCGCAGCAGGAGACAAUUACCCGUUUGACAUUUCACUAAAGCACAAACAGAAAGUGCAACCCACGUGCCAAGAACCUCACAAGAUGAGAUGAAAUCAAACACAACUUCAGGCGAAGCGAGGAUGCGACUGAUUCUGAGCCAUAUCGGACCAAACAUUGCCGCAGUUGAGGUCAAAGGCCAAAUCUGCAAUGCAACACGGAUGUGAAGCGGCUCAGUCAAGCGCAGGGGCACAUUCAGAU